AUGUCUGGUGAAUGCUGCAAAUCCGGCCACGGCUGGCUAGGCAAACCAAAGGGCACUGAGCAAAAGCUCGCCAACAACAACGCUUACAUUACCGGGAGUUCCAACGAGAGAGCGAUACUUCUAGUCCCAGAUAUCUACGGCUGGACGUUAAACAACUCCCGUCUACUGGCGGACUCAUACGCCGAGAAGUUGAAUGCCGUGGUCUACGUACCAGAUUUCUACGCCGGCGAGAUCGUCCACCCAGACACUCUCCGCGACCCAGAGAGGCAGAAAGCCUUCGACAUGUACGAGUGGGCCGGCCGGAACAGCGCCGAAAAGCGCUGGCCAGAGGUCAAGGCCUGUGCCGAAGCGCUGAAAUCAAAAUACGCCAAAGUAGCCGCCGUAGGCUUCUGCUGGGGUGGCUGGGCCUGUCUUCGCCUGGCUGCGGAUCCAUCACUCAUUGAUGCCGUUUCCACCGCUCAUCCAGCAAUGAUGGAGAAAGGCGACUUUGACAAUGUCAAAGUACCUGUGCAGCUGAUUGCUCCCGAGAACGACUUCACGUAUACACCAGAGAUGAAAGCAUAUAGCCUUGAGGCUCUGCCGAAGACGGGCGUACAGUGGGAGUACGUCUACUUUGCUGGUUACAACCACGGCUUUGCUUCCAGGGGAGACUUGACUACGGAAAAGGGUGUUGCAGGGUUGGAGAGGGCGAAGAGAAGCGUAAUCAACUUCUUCGGUGAAUUCUUGUAG